AUCCAUGCGUUCAUUAACUCUGUUUAACAUGUGAAAUGACAUUUUGCUGUUGACAUUUACUGGUAUUCAAGGUCUCUUUAAGUAGUCUAAACAUUGAAUUCCUCUUUUUCACAGAUUUAACGAUCCCAAAAGGAGUAGAUUUUCAACCAUGUCAUCAAAUGACAAUAUUGUAAUAGAUGACAAUUAUGAUGGUUAUAGACUGGAACUAUUUUGUAUUCCAAAACACUAUGAGGAAGAUUUAGAGAACAUUCUUAUACCAUCUGGCCUCAUUACAGACAGAAUAGAGAGAUUAGCACGUGAUAUCACACAAGAGUUCAAUGAUGAGGGAUUAGUGGCUCUGUGUGUAUUAAAGGGAGGCUACAAAUUCUUCACAGAUCUUUUAGACAGAAUAAAAAUGUUGAACAGAAAUACAGAAAAAUCCAUACCACUUGCUGUAGACUUUAUCAGAUUGAAAAGUUAUGUGGAUGACAAGCAGUCAGGUAAAAUUGAAGUUAUAGGUGGAGACAACCUAGAGAAUUUGAAAGGAAAGAAUGUGCUCAUAGUUGAGGAUAUUAUAGACACUGGUCGUACAAUGAUGAAAUUGUUAGACAUUCUAAAAUCUGUUAAACCAAAGACUGUCAGGGUAGCCAGUUUGCUUGUGAAGAGAACAGAGAGAAGCAUUGGGUACAAACCAGAUUAUGCAGGGUUUGAAAUUCCUGAUUUGUUUGUUGUUGGGUAUGCACUGGAUUACAAUGAAUAUUUCCGAGAUUUAAAUCAUAUCUGUGUCAUAAACGAGCAUGGAAAGAAAAAGUAUUCCAGUUAACAUAGAGCUUUCUAGUAGAACAACUAUAUGGGCAUCAACAAAAAACAAUUUUAGAGGGACUGUAUAUAAAUGUUGGCAAAAGGUUCGACUACAUAUAACCAUUGGAGACUACAUUAUUCUGCUGGACAUAUCAUAAAGGGUUUCAAGCUAUAAUGGACUGUCGUGUAUCAAUAAAGUGUUUAUUUGAUAGUAGCUCCAUAAAAAUCAAAACUAAAUCUCACAAUUGAAAGAGGGUUUAAUAAUUUCUAUUAAAGUGGGUGUCGCAUGCUCAAAAUCAUUGCAUUACGUCCGAGAUAUAGCAGUCCAACUGUUUGCUUAAUUAAAAGUUAUAAAAAUGUUAUCAAAAAAAUUAUUACAGGUACAUAGCUUUUGUCUCCUGUUUAAAGAAGCAUGCCUCCAGAUUCAUGCUAAUUUUCAUGAAAGUUUUAAACAUGUAUUUAAAAGAAAAAAUAUUGUGAAGUGAAGAAAGAAAGUAAUUUACAUUUUGCUAAUUACAUUUACAAUCAUUGUCUUUUACGAAAAAAGAGAUAAAAAUAUGCAAAAUUCACCCUUUCUGCAUUAUUCAUACAGUAGAAAUUUAAGUGAUAAAUACAAAAUCAGUCAUUGAUUGCACAUAACAUGAGAAUCAUAACUUAAAAUCUUUUUACUUUUAUGUAAAUCAUAAUUUAAAUCUUUAUAUUUUUCUUAAAAUCUUAAGUUUGAUUUUCUUGAAAUAUUUUGGCUUAUCUUGAGGCAUGCAGCUUUAUAGUAACAGAGUCACCUUUUGCUAAAGGUCACAAUGCAAAACUGGGUAAAGAUGUGACCUUAAUAAUUUUAAUAUUUAUGUGAUUAUAAUACAGAUAUUUGAAAAACAUUUUUUUUUCUUUUUUGCUAGUUUUAAGCUUCACAAUGUUUGAUACUAGGUGUGAGAGAUUAUGAACAAAUUACAUGUAUACAAUGUGAAUCAGAAUGAAAAAUUAAUUAUUUAUCCCAUUGUGUUCUAAAAGGGUAAAAGGGCAACGUCCAAAAAAAUACUUACUGAUAUUGUUUGUUAUACUGUGUUAAUUUAUGAAAAUGUUCAUUAAAUAAGUAAUAUAGAUUUAAAUAAACAUUUCUGUUUUUGCAAUUAACUUUUUUUCAGUCUCGAGAACGUGAAAAUAUAUAAAAAUACACAUGUACAUGUAUAUACAAAAGUUGACCUUGACUAUGCAUGCAUGAAAAUAAAUUCUUGUAUUUGUUACAAAUUUGGGAGUUUGUUGUUGGUUGUUUUUGUUAGUACAGACUGGUUAAUGACAGUACAAUGGAAAUUUUGCUUUUGAUAUAUAUACAUGUAUAUAUACAUGGGGACAUUUUAAAGUUUAAGAAUAACUUUCCAUACCAUUGUCUUUACCUUCUUUUAGAAAGAUAUUCUUUUGGAAGAUUUUAUAAAAACACUUGCGUUAUUGUAUUCAGUGGUUUAUUAAAAUAAUUAUAUGAAAUUGUUUCAUUAAAAUUGAACAAAACCAAAGUAGGAGAAAAAAAACACAUUUUAUGAUGAUAUGUUUUUAUAUUUAAAUUUUCCGGACUAUAUCUUUGAAUUUUUAUAUAAUAUAUUAUACCUUCAAAGUAGAAAAUAGUUUUACAAUUUUUUUUGCACAUAACAAACUAGGUUAAGACUGGGUAUAAUGAUUAAUUGUACAGUCAAAUUUGCAUUCACUAAAGUCGAUACAAAUAAAAGUAUCAAUUUCAUAUACAUAAAAUUAUAUCAUGUAUUAUAAUUGGAAUUGAAACUUUUCCCAUUUGUAAAACUUUUUUUAAAAUACUCUUUAGUCUUCCUUGUUGACUUGUGUUUUAUUUUGUAUGAUAUAUUUUUCUUUCUAAACAAUUUAUUAACAUAUGCAAAAUUAUCAAAUUAUCGUGUUUCGAUGCUUUUUUAAUAUUAUACAUGUACAUCACAGUUCACAUACUGCCUAUGUUUAAUUUGUAAGUGCAAUUUGUUUAUGAACAUCCCAUCGAAAGUUAUUUUGGUCAUUCUAUUAAAUUAUCAAAUCAGUUUGGUAAAUAGUCGUUUUCUGAAUAGUAUUGUACAACUUGGGGUCUUUUAGUUGAUACAUCACCAAUGUCUAAAAAGUAACAUUAAACUUUUAUCAUUGUAAUAUUAAUAAUACUAUCUCGGCAUUUUCAUUAUAACCCUGUUAUUAGCAAUAUCCAAAUGCCAAAGACUUACUUAACAAUCUUCUUUUGUACUACAAUUUUUUUUUAAUUUUGGCAUGACAAUGAAGACAGAUACAUUGUUUCUUUGUUGAGCAUGAUGAAAACCAGUGGCCAUUGUGUAUUACAUUGUAUUCCAUGAUGUAAGAUAUUGACUUGUGACAUCCAUUAAUUUCUUAAAUCUUUUAUACAGAAAUCCUUUAUAUUUAUAGCUUUUUGUUUUUAAUCUUUCAAAACAAAAAUGUGCUACAGUGUUAGUAUUACUUUUGUCAGGUGUAUAUGGGUUUUCAAUGUUUUAGAAUUUAGAAACUACUCAGUACAAUCUACACUAAUAGGAUUUAAGGAUACUGAAGUCUUACUUACUUUUUGGGAUAAUGGUCUGUUUUGUAUUUUAUCUUUGAAUACUGCUAUCUAGUGCUAUUUGCAAGUGAAAACUACAAUUGUAGCUUUAAUUACAAAGCCGUGCUGCAAUCUAGUGCUUUUUUGUCAAUGUAUAGUGAUUUCUAGGACAUUUGAAAAUUAGAAAAAUUUUACUAGUUUUCUUGUCUAUUGAUAAUACUCAUUCUAUUGUUAAAUAUCUAAUGUUUAAUAUUUUCAGUUGUUCAGUAUAGACAUUAAAGCCACAUGCCAACAAAUUCAUGCUAAUUUUCAUAAAUAUUUAUCACCAUGUAUUUAAAAAUAAAAUAUUGUCAAAUUAACAAAGAAAGUAAUUUAAACAUUUCACACUCUACUCAAUGCUGCACAACCAGGCUCUGUUCUGUUGACUGUUUAAUUUGAGCCGCGUCAUGACAAAACCUGAACAUAAUGGGUUUGUGACCAGCAUGGAUCCAGACUAGCCUGCGCAUUCGCGCAGUCUGAUCAGGAUCCAUGCUGUUCACUUACAAAUCCUAUAGCAAGUAGAGAAACUGAUAGCGAACAGCACGGAUCCUGAUCAGACUGCGCGGAUGCGCAUGCUGGUCUGGAUCCAUGCUGGUCGCAAAUGCACUAUCUAUGUUGGUUUUGUCAUUAUCUAUGUUGGUUUUGUCAUGACGUGGUUCAUUUGCCAAAUUUAACAUGGUGAUAUCCCUGAAAUUGAUACUGGGAGUGUAUUUAAAUGGAAAUUGAACAUGUUUAUUAGGUAUUUCAGAAGAUUAAAGGUUACCACAAGUUAUUGUGAAUUUCAAGAUUGUUCACUUUGAAAGUGUAAGUUCUAAGUUAACAAUGCUAAUAACAAAAAUAUAAAAAAAAAUUAAAAUUAAUGAAUUUUUGUAAAUAGUUGGGAAAAUGAAAUUGCUAUUUUGAGGCUUCACAUUUACUAAGAAGUUCAUUUUUCUUUUUGCAAAUAUCUGCUUUUUAACCAGGUUUUCCGAAGGAAAAAACUGGUUAUUAGAUUGAGGUAUGUCGGCGGGUGGGCGGACGGGCGGUCGUAAACAAUUUCUUCUGUGCGCAACUCCUCCUACAUUUCUCAACGGAUUUUGACCAAACUUUCACAGAAUGUUUGUCAUCAAGUGCCCUGGCGCAUAUUGUCGGGGUUUUGUGAUUGGAUAAAAUUUGAACUAAUUAUGGCCCUUUGUUUUUUUUCCUUAUAUAGAAUAUAUAGUGAACAAUUUCUUCUGUGCGCAACUCCUCCUACAUUUCUCAACGGAUUUUGACAAAACUUUCACAGAAGCUGUGUCAUUAAGUGCCCUGGCACAUAUUGUCGGGCUUUUGUGAUUGGAUAAUUUUUGACUUAAUUAUGGCCCUUUGUUUUUUUCCUUUAUAUAGAAUAUAUAGUGAACAGCUCCUUCUGUGUGCAACUCCUCCUACAUUUCUCAACGGAUUUUGACCAAACUUUCACAGACGCUUUGUUAUCAAGUGCCCUGGCGCAUAUUGUCGGGGUUUUGUGAUUGGAUAAUAUUUGAUCUAAUUAUGGCCCUUUGUGUUUUUUUUCCUUAUACAGAAUAUAUAGUGAACAAUUUCUUCUGUGCGCAACUCCUCCUACAUUUUUCAACGGAUUUUGACCAAACUUUCACAGAAGCUUUGUCAUCAAGUGCCCCGGCGCACAUUGUCGGGGUUUUGUGAUUGUAUAAUAUUUGACCUAAUUAUGGCUCUUUGUUUUUUUCCUUAUACAGAAUAUAUAGUGAACAAUUUCUUCUGUGCGGAAAUUACCUCCUACAUUAUUCAUGAUUUACAUUGCACAUAGUAACAUUGUUUGUUGCUUGUAUUUGUAUUUUAACUACAACAUAUUUAUCUACAAUGGUGAUAAUUGAAAACCUGGUUUCGUGGCAUUGCCAUGUUUCUUUUUUUCUUUUUAAACAUUUUGAUCUUGCAACAUCUUGUUGUGGUAACAUUUUACUGUUUAAUUAAACUCAGGCAGUUUGGGGUCCAGGGCAUUGUACAUUUUGUUAGUUACAGGCAUCAAAUUUUUUAUAUUAAUGUAAAUGUUUUGUAUGUCAUAUGUGUAAACUAUGCUGUUUUAAGUGACAUUUAAACAUAUAGCUGUUUUCGAAGAAAAAAAUGAGAUAUUGUUACAGUCAUGCUGUGUUGUUGUUACUGUCUUAAAACUUGGAUGUUGGUCAUUAUAAAAAACAUUAAUUUCUCAAUGGUUUUCCUUCAUACUUGGGCACAGCAAGCCUUGGGACAAGCCUCUCAAGUUGAUCACACUGAACUUGACCUGCUGUCAUAAAUAACCUUGACCUUGAAGGUCAAAUGUUUCAAUUUUGCUUGAUUUUUGCUAUAAUAUGUUCAAGGAGUACUUUGUACUGUGUUUGACUUUAGAAGAAAAGGUUGAGUGUGGCUACCUCUUGGCAGGGGCUCUUGUUGUCCAGUUUAUCUUUUUAUUGCUAACAGUUAAGAUAUAUUGAAUUAAUGAUAGAUUAUUAUGAUUUAAUUUUAUUUUUAUACAAUAAAGUUUAAGAUUUAAACAGCUCAGAAAUGUAAAAAGUUAUAAAUUUCAGCUAUUUAUUUAAUGUAAAUGAUAAAAUGUUAUGAGGUUUAAUUUCAUAAUGUAACAGAAAAGCAUUUUUUUUUCUGUACAGCUUUUCAGUGUAAGUUUGAAAAAUAGUUAUCAUCAUUUGGAACUAUUAUGAAGGACUAAAAUCUAGACCUAUGGUUAAUAAAUUAUAUGUAGAACUUUUAUUUAAAACUUGUUGAUUAGAUAUCAAUACUAUUAUCUUAAAUUCUAGACCUAAGGUUAAUAAUUUUUAUGUAAAACUUGCUGAUUAAAUAUCGUCAGCUUUUAUCGUGUCUUAUUGAAAUCCCAUAAUAAUCAGGGAAAAUAUGCACAAAAUAUGCUAAUAGUUUAUGUGUUGACUGGACAUUCCACAGUGUAACGUUCUCUUCCAUAUGUUUGUACAUGUAUAAGAACAAAUUUGUGUAUUAAUAAAAGAACUGUAUAUUAUA